AUGAGCAGACGGGACGAUCUGUUCUCAGAAGCCACCGUCAAGCUCGCUCAUCAGAUCAACGCGUAUCUGUCCGCGACCCCGUCAGCUGCAGUUAACCCUAACUUGGUCGAUCAAGAAGUGAGAGAUCGAGUCUCCAAGGUUAUUACCAAGCAUCCCACUCCUCCUCCUACAACCCCGCGAACGGCCACCAGAGCUCAGUCACAGGCCGGAGGCCAGACGUACUUUCCGGUCGACUGGACAGUUAGUCAAUUCUCAUUCAGAAGAGCAAUAGAAAGAUUCAAGAAGUAUACAACAUCAUUAGAGAUUCCAUCAGGGAGUCACUUUCCUGUUACGAGGGUGACGGACUCAGAAGCACUUGAAGAGUUGGGAGAGCCAUCAGAGACAACACAAUCAUCAUCGAGCGAUAUGGCGAAUGAGCUUUCUGAGGCUGCUCUCCAGCAGAUACAGCGGCUCAUCGCCGACGCACUGGAGGCCCGUGGGCAAGAGGCAACACAAGAAGCAUCUAGGAGCCCUGAAAGCGCGGUGACUGAUGCAGGUGACCACGUCUCUGACACACGAUGGAGACCCCAGGACAUUGGAUUCUUUGACCCAGAUCUUGAUGAAUCCCUCGGUGAAGGGGAAUGUGUCCAGGUUGGCCAAGCUACAUAUUGGCGAAGUGUCUUCCUUUUCACCGAAAUGAUUAAGGAUCAUGCCAAAGCUUACAACAAUCUUGACCCGGAGCUUCGAGUGUUGAUUGACCGACCAACAUCCACCACUACGGUCAGGCAAUUCAUUGACACAUUGCGAGAUAAGCAAGACGCUUGGGAAGAAAAAUUUACCGGACCCGCUAAAGGUGAACAAUUUUCUAAUCAGCGUCGUGUUCCCGAUGGAUUUUCUGCUUUACGUCCGCUGCUUGAGCUCUUGAACUACAACCGUCGACCAUACCAGGGAAGCAGCUCUAAUCGCUACCCAAGUCGACCUUUUCCUAAUGUUGCCCCUGCUGCUCAACAGAAUUCAUAUGCUGACAGACACCAGCCGCGAGGCUUCAUCAGCGGAAAGCCUCGACUCCAGAUCGCUGCCGGGUGGGCAAAAGAACGAGAUCAGGACAAGGGCAAAGGACGAAACGUUCUCGGCAACAAAGAGAACUACUACGGUCCCGGCAAAUACAGACGUUUCAGACGCCAGACGGAUUAUGGUAACCUUUCCGAUGAGGAUUACCUUGACGUCCCGCUCUCCGCGGGUGAGGAAUAUGAUCAGGAAUUGAAUGACCAGGGGUAUGUUUUUGCCGAAGAGUUCACUUUCGCUGAACGAGAGGAUCCCGCAGAUGCGUCUGAGUACGAACCAGAGCAAAAUGAUGACCAACCCGAUACAGCUCUGUCAAUCUACGAUACAAAGGAAUUGACAUGUCGGAAAUGCAAGACAGGGUUCUCAUCAAGGACUCAACUCUUCAAGCACAUCUACUCCAACAUAUGUUCAAGAGAAGAAGAGCGAAAAAAAGUCGAUACUCCUCGCGAGCCUUGCUUGAAGGUUCUGGAAGGCGAGAUCGUGAAAGCAAAGCCAAUUGGGCUCAAGAAUGAAGGCCAUCUCACCGGCUACACCUUCAUGAAAUUCAAUGUGCAACGAGAGGAUGGUGCGACCCCAGAACCAGUUUGUGCCGAUUCUGGAUGCUCUCGUCCAGUCGUGGACCGUGAGUGGGUGUCUCGUAUCCCAGGGCUUAAAAUCGAUCGUAGCGCCUCCACCACCGUUGAAGGAGUAGGAGGGGUCGUGCACCUUACAGAACUUGCAGAAUUUGAUCUUCUUAUCCCCGGAAAGAUUAAUGGCCGAGACGCUGUGGGCAAAGUGCGAGUUCAAGCAUGGAUCAAGGAUAAUCUUUCGCCCAAAUUGCUUUUGGGAAAUGCCUUUUUGUUCCCACAUAUGACUACGGUCAACUUCAAAGAACUCCAAAUGGAAUUCCAUUCUAUUCAGCAGGAUGGUUUUCCUUUAAUUGUACCUGUUACCAUCCACCGCAGAGGACCGAGAGUCUCUCGAAAAGUCAUUUCAUCACAACGAACUGUGGUGGCACCACACUCAGUCGGCUCUGUUCCAACCCGCGUCGUCAAGCUCCCACCUUCAAGAAGCUUCAUGUUUGAGCCUGCCUUCGAGGGUGCACAACCAGCAAUUGUCGACGAAGUCCAUUUCGUCACCGUGGCCAAUAACUCAGACCACCCGAAGGUCAUUCCCAGUAAGUUCCGGUUGGGGCACGUCAGAGAGUUCGAAGAUCAUAGUUAUUUUCUGCGGCCACAUCUUGUUGAUCCUUUUGAUCUUGACCACGUCAAUGUGUCUACAGAAGCUGAUCUUAGUGCUGUUGUCACUAAAGAUCUGGCUGAACUGGAGAACCUGGAGGCAAGGACAGCAGAAUAUAAAACCCGAAAUAGAUCGGCGACGUCACCAAAAACUAAAGGUGAUGUGGUAAUGGAUGAAAAAGGCGCCGAAUUCCAAACGCCGAGAGCACCGCAACCCGCUCGUAACUUGGGUAUCGGAAGACCCGAGAAUAUUCCUGAAAUCACUGCUUCCAAUGGUGUCCACAUCUGCAAUGAAGAUCCCGCGUUUGCUCAAGCUUUACUUCGAUGUGUUGAGAAAUACAGCGAUUGUUGGAUCGAUCGAGGUCCAAUUACGAUACCAGAGAAAGACUAUAUGCCGGUCCCGCUUGUGGAAGGAUGGGAAAAGCAGAAAUUUGCCUCCAAACCCUACCCACUAGGACUUAAGGACCUUACUCGUUCGUAUCGAAAACCUUUCCUAGCCGUCGACAGAGGGCUAGAGGACUCCCCGUUACUUCUAGGCGAAUGUACGCUAGGGGAAAUCGGGAUCGAUAUAUCCCUACGAACGAAGAGAGAUGGUGGGAAUAAAUGGCAGUUUCGUCUGCCUACGCACCACGACGAUAUUCGACGUGUCGUGAAGGUCGAAUCAGCUAAGGCGUUUAGAAAAAGACUGACGAAAGGACCGAAGGUAUAUGCACUCGUGGAGUGUAACUCCCUACUCCGUGAAACCAGUGAUAGUGCGGAGAGUAAGGAUGGCGUACCGAAUACCCUAAAGGAAUACGUCGAUAUCUUCUCUCCCCAGAAUGCAAAGAAAUUGGAGCCGAAUCGAGAAGGCAUCGAUUUAGCCAUCGAAACCCAGGAAGGACAGGAACCGCCGUAUAGUCCUCUAUACCCAUUAUCUCAAGCAGAGCUCGAAGUCCUUCGACGAUACCUUCAAGAGAAUCUGGAGAAAGGCUUCAUUAGACCUUCGAAAAGUCCAGCUGCGUCACCGAUUCUGUUCGUGCCAAAGAAGGAUGGGGGAUUAAGACUCUCUGUGUUGACUAUCGAGGCCUAA